UCCUCUUCGACCCCUUCCUCAGUUUUGCAAUGGAGCGGCUUCUCUUGGCUGUCGUCUGAAGACACCACGAGCAAGAAAGAGCGGAAGUCGCCAUCAAAAGAUCAAUUCGGCAAGGUUGCCGUCUGCACCGAGAAGCCCCAAGAGCCGGGGAGAAGAGCAAGAACCUUCAAAAGGGCGCAUCGCUGCGCAUCCGCAGGUAAAGGAUGACAGCCUGGCCAUCACAACUCACGCUCACAAGGCAGGAACAGUGCCAAUUGAACAGUGCAGAACGCACCGAUGAUGAUAUCACAGUUGAAGGAUGCAUCUUUGAUGUGUUCUCAGGUUGCGGCCUGCAUGCAGGCGCCACCCGGUCCCCCGGGCAUGGCACACGCCGGCAUGACCCCAUCCCUCGCCCCCUCUCCCCCUCCGCCUCCCCGAUACCCUCCUCCGCCCCCUCCCAGCUCCCCCUUGCAUGAGAUGUUUGAGGUGAAGAAGCUCCUCGGCCGCGGCGUAUACGGCGAUGUCUUCGAGGCCGUCGACAAGGCCAGUGGGGAGACCCAAGCGGUCAAGACCUUCGCCAAGCGGGUCAACGGCGUGGAAGCCCACCCAUCCACCCACGUGGAAGUGGCGGCCAUGAGGCGCGCCCGAGGCCACCCCUAUAUCGUGGACCUCAAGGGCUUUUGCCUGGAGCACGGCCCCUGCCAGUUUGCUUACAUGGAGAAGUGCGGCCCCAACCUCCACACCUACCAAGUGAGUCGCUGCCCCCACGGCUUCGGCAUCCAGGUGCUCAAGAGAGCAACUUGGCAGUUGGCCCGGGGCAUCGCCCACCUACACAAGCUGGGGGUGUGGCAUCGCGAUAUCAAGCCGGCCAACCUGCUAGUGAGCCCCGACAGGCAGGGAGUCAAGAUAGCUGACUUCGGCCUUGCUCUUCUUCGGCCCAGGAGGCUGGACUGGAGCCUGGCGUCCCUGUACGAGAUGGGGACGCCAGGUUUUGUGGCACUCGAGGUGCUCCUGGCCAGGGAGAUGGCCAAGUAUGGCCUAGCGGGGACGGGCACGGUGAUGGGCAUCGAGCCAUACAGCCACAAGAUCGAUGGGUGGGCGCUGGCGGCCAGCCUCUGGCAGCUGGGAUUCGGCAGGGCGCUGAUCCCUGUGGCGGCUGGAUGGACCGAGGAUCAGAUCCUCUUCGACUCGGUGCGCAUCCAGGGGCUGCCCAAGCCGGGGGACAUGGGAGGGGCAAUGGGGCACUUGAUAAGCUGCAUUCAGAACGACGGCCGCCGCAGCCAUCGCCUCCCCACGGGAGACUGGGGCCUGUUCGACCAGUCCAAGGAGGCGAUAAAGGAGAGGCUGAUCUCCCGGCUGCAGCAGCAGGGUGUGACCGGGGCGCCGGUGAUGGGCGAUGCUGUCGUGUUUGGCAACUUCAUGGACCUCCUGUCUAGGUAUGUGCACAAAAAGAAGGGAAAAGACUGACUGAGGGGACAACACUCAUCUGUCCCGUGUCUCUCUUGCUCUGUUUGCAGUUUGUUGCUGCCGCCCGCUGAAAGGCCGGAGGUUUCGACCAUCCAGCGGUACCCUUUCGUCCUCACCCCGCCCAACCGCACCCCAGCCCCAGCACAACCCACUGCGGCUCCCUCAGACCAGCAGAAGAAGGCCGCUGCUGCCCUUGACCAGCAGAAGGGGCGGCCUGGGGUGGCCGGCGAGGAGAAGGCGCACGAAGAGACCGCUGAGGAUGACACUGGCCAGCGAGAGGCCGCCGCCAAUGGUGAUGGCGGUGAGUCUGACGAGAGCGCUGCCAAUGGUGAUGGCGGUGAGUCUGACGAGAGCGCUGCCAAUGGCGAUGGCGGUGAGUCUGACAAGAGCGCUGCCAAUGGUGAUGCCGAUGAGUCUGACGAACAGAGCCCUACCGAGCAGCCGAGCAGCACUGAUGGCGGCGACACGUUUCCCCGAACGAGGAGACCGACGGCCGACGGCGCAGGGGCACCAGAGGCCCACGACGGCGAGACAGGGGAGGGAGACGAGGAAGAUGAGUCCCUCCGUCUCCCUUUCCGGCAGGCGUUUCCCUGGAAGAACUGGCAAUCGACGCCCACCCGAGAUGUGUCACCGAGACGGGAGAGGGACAUGAUGGGAGGCCGCUGGGGACGACCUGGCGAUGCGUGAACAUCUGACCGUGUGUGUGUGCACGCUGGCUGGCGGUGUCCGCUGAUGCGCACUGGCGGCAUGCAUGUGGUGCGUGUGGUGUGGCGAUGCGGGGGACGCGAGAUAUGACCGCCCUUUUUGCCGGAUGGACACGAGACGCAUGUGAACAAUUCAAUAAACGUGCACGGCCCA